GUUGCCUUUGAAGCUCCUACUUUUAUUCUCUCUCCCAAACAACUUUAUAACACCCGAGAAGCGUCCUCACUCUGUCAAUCUAGUUGUGUACCCUUUGAGAGACUACGUCAAUUCUCAUUCCCUCAAAUACCUUAGUCAUAACCUCUAAUUCUAGCUGAAGUUGCUGGGAGACGCCAGACUUGUCGCAACAAUGAGUGGCGGAUGGAAUACCAUUGAGUCCGAUGCGGGUGUCUUUACCUCUCUCAUCGAGAAUCUUGGCGUCAAAGACGUUCAAUUCGAAGAACUCCUCACACUCGACCCAUCUGAGCUUCUGUCCUUACAGCCCGUCUACGGCGUGAUCUUCCUCUUCAAGUACCCGACUGAUCAACCAUAUGCGACACCCGAAGGACCCCGCGACGGCUCGUUCGACAAUGCCGCAUCCGAGAACAUCUUCUUCGCCGCCCAGACGAUUCAGAAUGCAUGCGCCACACAAGCUCUGUUGAGUGUACUACUCAACAAGACGAACGAUGUUGAAAUAGGCGAGAAGCUUGGCGAGUUCAGAGAGUUCACCAUGGUGUUGCCGCCCGAGUUCCGUGGUGAGGCGCUGAGCAACUCUGACCUCAUCCGUGAGGUGCACAACAGCUUUGCUCGCAGCAGUCCUUUUGCCGACGAGACGGACAAGACUGGCGCCGAGGCAGAGGAUGCGUUCCAUUUUAUCGCUUACACACCUAUUAACGGUACACUCUACGAGCUCGACGGUCUGCAACCCGCGCCCAUCUCCCACGGUGCUUGCAGCUCCGAGGACUUUGCCACCAAGGUAGUCGAUGUUCUCCAACGCCGUAUUGCGCGAUAUGAUACCACCGAGAUUCGUUUCAACCUCCUCGCCAUGUGCCGAGACCUACGACAGCGUGCGCGCGACUUUGGGGAUGAGGAGCUGCUCGCAAGAGAAGAGCGCAAGCGAAGGGACUGGAUGUUUGAGAAUGCUCUGCGAAGACAUAACUUUGUGGGCUUUGCGGGUGAGGUGAUGAAGGGAGUUGUGCGCAGUAAGAUCGCCGAGGGUGGUGAUGCUGCCUAUGAGAAGUGGGUGAAGGAGAGCCUGGAAAGGAGGAAGAAUGCGGAGCAGGCCAUGAGAGGUCGAGCUGGAGGUGGUGACGGUGAUGGCGAUGUUGAUAUGGGAGCUUGAAAUGUUUAAUGAAGGUCAUGGCGGAGAUAAAGAUACCAGGUUCUGUGACUGAAUGGUUUGGCAGAUGUUUCAUGAUACCAAGCCUACAAUAGCUGGUGCUUCUUUUAGACGACAUAUAAGGAGAGCGACAUCUCCUGUUGUAUCACUACACAGUCCGCUUGUCACUUGCACCAUAACGAUAUUCAUGGCUCAUAAUUGCUUGUAUACGUUACUACAUCACAUUUGACAUCUCAGUAUCUUGCCCUCCUAUCGGCAGUUCC